UGGAAGUGUAGACACAGCCCAGGCUCUUUUUUCUGGCUAGUCUCCUAAGACUGCUGGGGGGAAUGUCACUGGCUCACACCACAAGGCUACUUUCACUGACACUGCUACUGCUGCUAGAACCCGGGAAGACUCUGUGCUAUGCUCACUCGCUCUGCCUCGACUUCGCUGUCACAUCUCAGUCCAGACCCGGACAGCCCUGGUGUGAAGUCCAGGGCUCAGUGGACACAAAGCCUCUCCUCCAGUAUGACAGUGACAGCAACCAGGUCACAGCUUCGGGCCGCCUGGGGGAGGAGGUAAAUGGCACCAAAGCAUGGAGCGACUUGACUGGAACCCUGGGAGAAGUGGGCCGAGAGCUCAGGAUGGUCCUGCCUGACAUCCAGCUGGGGACAGAGGAGACCAGGGGUCCUCCCCGGCUGCAGGCCAAGCUGUGCUGUCAGCUUGAAGCAGAGCGAGGCACCGCUGCCUCCUGGCACUUCAGCUUCGAUGGGCAGACGGCCCUCCUCCUUGACGCCAUGGACGUGAACUGGACAGUCGUGAAUCCCGGAGCCACAGGGAUCAAGGAGCAGUGGCAGAAGGACCAGGACCUGGCAGAGCGUUUCAGGAAGCUCGCAGUGGGAGACUGUGGUCACUGGCUGAGGGAAUUCCUAGGACACUGGGAGAAUGUUCCGGAGCAGGAGCCCACAGAACCACCGCUGGAGCCCUCAGAUAACCACCAGUUACCAGCCGGGAUCAUCCCCCCCUCAGGCCUACCUGUCACUACCGGCGUCAACGUCAUCGGCAUCAUCAUUGGCGUCCUCGUCGUCCUCGUUGUCAUUGUCCUCAUCAUUGUCCUCGUCAUCAGGAGAUGUGAUAGGAGAUCAGGUACCCCGGCAGUGUUCUAACAGCCGAGCCGUCAUCUGAUGUUUCUUCCUUGGACCAUAAGAAGGUGAUAACGUUCAACCGUCUCAUGGUGUCAAAAACUGACCCUUGACGAGGGUGUGACUUCCAGUCUAAUAUACUCCCCUCUACUCAGAGGUGGGUUUACCAAGAAGCCAAAGAAGCUUAAGCGUCCGAACCCCUCGCUUUCCGUGGCUGCUGAGGGGCCCUUACCAUGCACUGACCCAGUCAUUUUGAAGACUUUGCAAAAGUGAGACAUUUGCUCACAAUCACUCAGGACU